GAACUCACUCGAUAGCGCAUCAACAAAACUAAAAUCCAAAGUAUCUGCUUUGCAACUUUUUCAAACGCAAACCCCCCCUUGGGCGACGACCAAGUCAAGGUUGAAUCCUUCUUAACAAUCCAACAAACAAAUAGGCAGCCAACAUUCAGCAAAUCCCCAACACCAAUAAAAGUUCACUCACAUUAUGUCAACCAGAAAUCAGCCCCAUCCUCAAAUGGCACCACCACCACCCCCCAAGCCAUUGAAAUCACAAACAUAUGCAAAUGGCAACGGCAACGGCAAUCUAAACGCCAAUGGCAAUUUGGUGAAUGGUAGUGCCAUCAGUAAUGGCAAUAAUCCUACAUUCGGUUUGUCAGCCCAUGAUACGAAUGCGAGCAUUCAGAAGUUAAACGGACGCAGUCCUUGUCACACGCCACCGCGCACCGAUCGAGAGCAGGUCGUUAUGACGCCCAAAGGUAAAACGGCCAAUAGUACGGUCAUUCUCAUCGAACGUAAAUUGGUGGAUGAGGUUAGUGAACGCACUCAUGUGGCUGGUGGCGAUCACACAGGUAUCAUUAUCAACAAGGAUACGGUGGCGGGACAAAAAUCACAGACCACACCGGCCCAAUUAUCGCUAGAGUUUCGUGUGUUCUUGGUCAGUGCCAAUUCGGGAAAACAUUCACAGGAAUCUAGAACACUGAGAUUUUGGUUUCGCGAUUGGUUGAAGAAUGAAGAGAAUCAAGCACACAUUGCCCAGGACUUUUUCAAGGAAUUGGUUAGUCCCAAGGAUUUCCCCAGAGACUAUGUGGGUUUUAUCAAGAAGAUCAUGAAGCUCAUGCAGAAGGGUUACGAUGAAAUUCAAUCGCUGGAAAUAGAAUUACGCAUACUCGAAGAAACCGCAGAGCCACCAUCCAGGCCACCUCGUGAUGGUUACAUUAUUUAUUGUUAUGGUGAUUGCAAUCGCAAAUUCGAGGAGGCCCUCUUGGCCCAACAGCAAACAGUGUCCAUGGAUGAAAGCCAAUUUGAAUCUCCACCCUUGACACAGGAAAAAGUACUCGAACUCAUUGAGCAAGCCUAUCCCAAUCCCAUUACACCCGAAGAUUUGGCAAAAGACUAUGGCUGGGAGGAACAAGAUGUUAUUAUGGUCUUUAUGUCAUUGAAGGAAAGGGGUCUGAUUAAAUCUAUGGAAUAUAAUUCAUACACCAGAAUUCAUCAUGAGGAUAAAGAGAUUAAGGUUGUCAAACAGAUGCCCACCAUUGCCUCUAAUAAACAGCCCACCAUAGCUAUCAUCACAGCCCAGUAUUGUGAGAAAUUGGCCAUCGAUGCCAUGUUGGAGAAUAAGGAAACUUUUGUACGCUACACCACAGUAGACACUCUUAAAAAAGAUUCCAAUCUAACGAAUUCUCUGAAAAAGAAAAGACGUGUUGGUGAAUCGAAUGUCUAUACUUUGGGCAAUAUUGGAGCUCAUCGCAUUGUCAGCACAAAAUUGCCUUCGGUGGGCAGUACGCGUGAGGCUAUGACUGCCACUGGCAAUACCACGACACGCCUUUUGGGCACCUUCCAGAAUGUGGACUAUGUGUUUGUGGUGGGCGUGGCUGGUGGUGUGCCCCAUUAUACCGAUUACAAGAAACAUGUGCGUUUAGGCGAUGUGGUCAUCUCAUACGUGGACAAGCAGAGGGCCCUAACCAAUGGCUCUGAAAAGCCCUAUGUCUAUGUCUACAAAAGUGGUGACGAUGUCAAAACCUAUUUCCCCAUAAAUGAUUCUCUACAACAGAUAGCCGAAAGCUUGCAAGCCAAUAUGGAGAUUAAACGUCCCUGGGAAACCUAUCUGCAGGAGGGUUUGCAUUUGCUACAACAAAAAACCGAAAGUGAUUUCAAUCGUCCCGCUGCUAAUUCCGAUAAACUGUUCAUGAGCAUUGGCAACAAUGAGGUCAUUGAGGUGUCCCAUCCCAUAGGGGCGGAUAGUGUGGAUGGCAUACCCAAGUCCCGCUUGCAUUUGGGCCCCAUAGGUUCGGGCCGCGACUUGGUGCGUAACGAUGAUCUGCGUAUACAGUUUGCCAAGAAGUAUGGUCUCUUGGCCACCGAUUUGGAAAUGAGUUCGGUGUUGGACAGUAUUAUCGGCAAUUGUCGGGAAAGUUUUAUUUUAGUGAAAGGCAUUUCGGAUUACAAAGAUGGCACCACAACCCGCAAAUGGCAAAAUUACGCCUCUCUGGCUGCUGCCUCGGUGGUUAAGUCAAUUAUUUGUGGCAUGGAUGCACCCACAAAUGUUUAAGCUGCAUUGUUUAUUGUUGUAAUUUAGUAUAGUUUAUCAAAAAAAAAAUCAAACAAACAAAAAUAGAAUACAUGAUAAACAGUUUUUUAUUCUCUAUAAAAAAUAAAAACUAAAAUAAAUUUUUUUACCAUCACAUUAUUCAUAUACGC